CUGCGGCGGGACCUGCAGCCCCCGGCCAUGGAGCCGCAGGUGGGGCUGCCGGGGAAGGGGGGGACCCGCGGGCUGGUGAGGGCCACCCGCGGCCAGCAGCGCUAGAGGAAGCACCAGCAGAGCCCCUGACAGGUGUCUCCGCCGUAAGUGCCCUUACGCAGUCACUCGAGGACUGACAGACUUUGCGUUUGUUAUUGCUGCUGCGAUCUCCAGAGAUGAUGCUGGCAGAGCAAGCCCAGAAGUGGUUCCCAACUCACGUGCAAGUUACGGUCCUUCAAGCCAAAGGUCUGAAGCCAAAAGGUAAAAAUGGCAGCAACGAUGCCUACACCAUCAUACAGCUGGGCAAGGAGAAGUACUCCACCUCGGUGGCUGAGAAGACUCUGGAUCCCGUCUGGAAAGAAGAGGCCUCCUUCGAGCUCCCUGGACUACUCAUGCAGGAGAAUCCAGAAAAAUACAUCCUGUACCUGAUUGUCAUGCACAGGUCGCUGGUGGGGCUGGACAGGUUUUUGGGACAGGUGGCCAUAAGUCUGAAUGAUAUAUUUGAAGACAAGCAAAGGCGGAAAACAGAGUGGUUUCCCCUAGAAUCCAGACAAGGGAAGAGAACUAAAGACAGAGGAGAAAUAAACGUCAAUAUUCAGUUUAUGAGGAAUAACAUGACAGCAAGCAUGUUUGAUUUGUCAAUGAAGGACAAAACCAAAUCCCCAUUUGCUAAACUAAAAGACAAAAUGAAGGGUCGGAAGAAUGAUGGGACGUUUUCAGACACAUCCUCUGCGAUCAUCCCAAGCACUCACACACCUGAUGCAAAUCUGGAGGUGUCUAGUGGUGAAGUGCAAAUGAAAUCAAAACCAAAAAAACCUUUUCUCCUGGGACCUCAGCGACUGUCCUCAGCUCACUCCAUGUCAGAUCUGACAGGACCACACGUCUCCUCAGAGAAAAUUAAAUCCAGCACCGUUGGCUACACCCAUCUCUUCAGGCGUCAGCUGGAGUCCUUUGGUUCAGUGGAUGAAGGGGGGAGUCUAAAAUCUCCACACAGAAGGACAUUAAGUGUUGAUACUUCUAAAAUGAGCCAACUUGACAGCACAGUUGAUGAAACUGCACUUGAAGCACAAAAUGACCCAUUUAAUGUGAGUGCUUCGUUACCCCAAAAAUUUGCUACACUGCCAAGACAGAAGAAUCCAUUUGAAGAAAGCCCAGCAACGUGGGAUCAAAACAUAAGUCUGUUUUCCAAACCUGUCGAGAUCAGAAAAGAAAUUAAAAAAGAGAAAAAAGAGAAAGUCAGUCUUUUUGAAAGAGUGACUGGAAAAAAAGAUAGCAAGAGGUCAGAUAAACUUAGCAAUGGGGGAUCAGAGAGUUCUACUGACUUGAAAUCACCAAGUGCGUUUGGGGAAGCUCAUCAGGAGAGUUUUGAUUAUGAUUCGACUAAUCCGUUCAUGGCAAACUUCAAGCCUACGAGCAUGUUGCCAUCUUCAAGUUUUAAUGUGAAUCCUUCUGGCACUGAGGAUCUCAGGAAAAAAACGGAAGGAAAUCCUUUCGAUGCCACUGCAGGGUACCGAAACCUCACUUACGAGGAGGUUCUGCAGGAGCUGGUGAAACACAAGGAGCAGCUCAAGAAGAAGGACAGCCACAUCCGUGAGCUCGAGGAUUACAUUGACAAUCUGCUGGUACGAGUGAUGGAGGAAACCCCCAGUAUUCUCAGAGUGCCAUAUGAACCUUCUAGGAAAGCUGGCAAAUUUUCCAAAAGCUGAGAUAGUGGCACUUGAAGGAACUUUCUGCUGAAUACAUGAGUGGAAGGAGAUCACACUUUAAUAUUUUGACUUCUCUUCAUUCCUUUUGUCCGAAGAAAUUCCAGGAAAAUGGAGAGGAGAGACAAUGGCGUGGGUUGUUUUCCUUUAUUAUUUUUUUUUAAUCCAAACACUAGCAGAGGCUGCCAAAAGUUGUUUUCUGUUAGAUUACCAAGGUAACUUUUUUUUUCUUUUUGAAAACACCUUUAGGUACAGAAUACUUAAAAUAGAGUUAAUAAUACAUAUUAAAUAUGUCCAUGCAGUUUAUGUAAUAGCUUAGUGUUCACCAUGUGGCAGUUUCAACUGGGAAGCCUGUGCUGUUAUGAAUGUUUUCUUGAAUGAUUAUUGGUAUUAGGCAAAUAUAUUGAUUCUUUUUUUACAGCAUGCCAUCAAGACCACUGUUUUCAAUCCAGUGUAGUACUCUACUAAACCCAAGCGUGGUUUGUUGCAAUCGAAUGUAGUUCUGCACAUAUUAGAGGAAAACAGUGAUGCACAAUCCUUGCACAGUAAAUGCUGUAUUCUAUACAAUGUGCUUUUUAUAUAACAUUUUAAAAAGAACCCGUGCCAUUUCUGUCAUGGCACAUGCUGGAACCAGUUAUUUUACACUUCAAUGCUGAAUUUUGUGUAUAAUGAGUGAACUUUGGUAGUGAGCUCAUGGCAUAAGGUUGCUUUGAGGAUCUUUUUGUAUGAAGUUACUGCAUGCCUUUUUAUGUGUUAAAAGUACUUUGAGCAGUGUUCACAGAGUCAGAGGUACAACUGGAGAACUCAAGUAUGGAAUAAAGAAAUGAAUACUUUUGUUCAAAGUCUACUGCAAUGAAAAUGUAGCAGAAGUGGAGAGGCUGACUUAAACAGACACGAUACAUCAGUUUAAGGUUGAGUUUUACAUCAUAUAUGUGUCUUAACUUUUUAAAUCUUAAGACAAAAAAAGUAUAUGCCUUUAGAAAUAGGUCAUGUUGCUUAAACACAUGUAGAGUACUUAGGCUUUUCCUUAAAAAUAUCUGUAUUCCAUGUAAAUAGUUUUAAAAGUCAGUUUUCUUUGAGGAAAAUGAAAGAAGAAUGUAGUAGAUACCUUCCUGAUGAUUUAAUAAUUGUUUGUAAAAUGAUGUAUGAAAAAGGUACUUGUUAUUCAAUGAAUUGGAAAAAUAUAUUGAUGAAGGUAUAAUGGGAGAAUACUGUAGGAGAACCCUCAAAAUGUUAAGAUGGAUAGAUUUUAAUUUUAAUUUCAUUAAUAAGAGUCUUACUUUGCAUUUUCAGUUGCUGUGAGACAGUAAAAUGUUAUUUAAAACAUGUACAGAGAAUAUUUUAGAUUUGAAUUUAAAAUAACUUUCUUUUCCUCUCUUUCUGCACCUGGUCUGUUGGGUUUUUUUACAACACCAUGACAUGGCUGCUGCUGAGGUGACCAAAAAGAGCUUGGAAUUAAAUUCCAAUUUUUUUGUUGUUGUUAUAAAAUAUUUUAAUGUAUUUUCAUUUUUAAAACUGCAGAAAUUGGUAGUAUCUUGAAUACUUCUGUGUGGAAUGGUUGAGAAAAUUCUGUCUGACUGCUUUUGAUGUCAUUAAUAUUGUAGGACAGCACAGAAUUAUUCUAGUUGCAAAGAAACUUCUUUGUACAAAUAUUCUCAGAUUUCAUUUACUUAUUUUUGGCUUUUUCUCCUUUAUUUGGCAACUACCUCCCAGCUCCAUUUAGUGCUGUCCCUAAAAUGUGUGCAGCCAGAGUUCCCAACCCACCAGUGGGAUCCCUGUGCCUGGCUGGAUCCUGAGAGAUCCCAGCCCUGCCCCUCUGUAGAGCUCUGCAUUUGUGUUUUGUAGUGCAGAAAUGCAUCCCACACCAGGCAGUCUCUCUUCUGUCAGCCUAAGGAUGUAUCAGGUUUGGUACCUCAGAAACCACAUGAAUGUUCUUUUGACCCACUUAAGAUCUCCAUGACUGUAAAUUUGUUGUAAAAUCUUCAAAGUGCCAAAGGUUAUGUACUGGUUUAUGGUACGUUUGCUGUUGGAAGUUGGGGUUUACACUCAAUGAGAUUUUCAUUUCCUAAAUCCACCAAGAUGUAUUUCAGUUACUCAGUAUUUCCAUAAAAGUUCUUAAACAUUUUGAAAUGCUUGGCUGAAACCAGCGGUUUCUCAUGUUGUUGAUGGGGAAAUGUUCUGCAAUUGUUUUGAAUUCCACACUCGUUUUCAGCUAACUGGUAUGAGAGCAUCUCUAGUAUCCACAGUGCUUAAAUCACCCACACCAGUGAGGAUUAACAACUGCACUAACCAGAGAACGUGCUCCCAUGACUUCUCACAUGCAAGCCAACUUACAAUUAUUAAAAUGAAACUCUACUAUAUUUAGCACCUCUGAAAUCACUUCUUUUAGAAUGUAAAUGUAGAAUAUCAAACUGCAUAAUUGACUAAAAGCAGAUCAUCUGACAUAUUUGCAUACCGAGAACGAUAAGCAGAUUAAAGGUAGCGAAAAGAUCAAUUUUUGUGCAUUAGUGAAGAAAUUUAGUGAAGCUUUGAAUGUGCUAUCUAGUCUUUAUCUGAUCUCUAAGUGAAUAAAAGCACCUUUUGUUUCUAACAAUUUGUCAGGAAAGAGGGGAGAACAACAAAUAUAAUUUAGGAAAAGGUAAGGUUAUUGAGAGCAGAAUGGGAUAUUAACAAUUAUGAAGAUACUUUAAUAAAGUUUAUAGGUAAAAAUACAGGCUACUUUUGGAGCAAUUCUUGAAAGAUUACAUACACAUCACUUUCUGCUUCAAAGAAACUUUUAGCAUUUUCCUAUAUUCUAAGGUUUUUUAAAAAAAGCAUCUUCACCCCACAUGUAUUUUUUGAACCAUGCAGCUUUGAAAUGAAAACUUUUCAUACAGAAUAAUUUGUAUGUUGAAAACAAAGGAAGUUCUGUUUUUCCCACAGGAAAAAACUGUAGAUUUUCUUGCAGAUCAUUUAAACCCAUAAAAACUUAAUACUUGUGGUCAGUCUUUCUUGCCCUUCAAAAUAUAAGGAUGAAAACUUUGAACAUCUCCAUAUUAUUUUGAUAUUUUCUGUCAUAGAUUAGCAUAAGAGUUCUCCAUGCAUGCACUAUAUUUUGAAAUUAUCCUUUGAAACAGCUCUGCUCAUAGCCAUGUAUUUUGCUUACUUAAAAAGGACAAAUAUGAAGGCCAUACUUUAAUGUUGUAACUCAGAAAUGUAAACUUUCUGCCAUUCAAGAAGGAUGUUUAAUAUUUAUAUAUGUUACCUCUUGCUGCUGUAUUUUACAUUUAGCUUGGUUUUCCACCUCCUAAUGAAUGUAGCAUUCUCCCUAGAUUAUAACUGCAUUUAUUGCUGUUGGCUCUGUGUCAAGAACUGUUUGUAAUUUUCCAGCUGUGGAAAUGUUGCCUUGUAUUUGGAAAGAUUUCAUGACUUGGGGACCUGAUGAAAAUCAUGCUCAUUAGAUACUAACCUGCAUUUCUUUCUGUACAGGAUGCCCUUUCUUAAAUGCAUCUUAAAACAAACAGAACUGCUGUCUUAAUGUGUUUACUGCUGCACUGGGGGUUUAUUUGUGCUUCCAGCUUUAAAGAAAGAUUAUUGUCCUACAUCAAGUAUGUAAAGUGAGCUCCUGCUUUUUGCUCUUUCUGUACCAUUGCUGUUGUAGAUAUGAUAAAGGCAUAAGCUGGGCUUUUACAAUGGUGACUUUAGAGCAUGUUGACUAACUUCCCCUUCUUUGAAGUACUUGCUGAAGGAUUAUAGCACUGCUGUGUUCAUGAUGCUAGAUUUAAGGGUCUGUCAGCACUUUUGGUAGGAAACCCUAUUUUCAGGGAUUUAUAACUUAAAAAUUUCAAUACAGUCACUGGAAGUAUUUAAUAUGCAAUAGGUAGCACUUUAAUCUGUUUAUGAAGGGGUUUGAGAUUUGUUUCUGUUGAAAAGGUCACAGUCUCCUGAAGCAUGGUGGGCAUUUGCUUUUUCUUUUAUAAUUUUUAUCUACAUUGAAGAAGCCACUGUCUGUUACAAGUGGUCAAGCCAUUCCUAUUCAUCUUAGAAUCUUCCAGAUGUCUUGUAUUACAGUGUAUUAUAAAAAGCUGAAGAUCCAGGUUAUAUAGGAAGUCUGUAAAAGAUAGAAACAUUACUUAUAAUUUAAGGGUUUUAUUUUGUCUUGUGCAAUCAAUGGUAGUUUGUCUACAUUUAAUAAUGGUACAGAGUCAUAACUAUAUGCACUUGUGAGAACUAUAAACUUAGAAUGCAUGAAAAACCUUUAUUUUUGUUCCAUUAUUGCAACUUCAGAUCCUUUAAUUUGAUUAAAAUGUUAUCUUAAUAUUUUAAUUUCUGUUCAUUAAAUAAAUAUUGCAUGUCUAACACUAAUAAAGCACCACAAUGCACUACUGCAGUAUUUAUUGAAUUGUGACAUUAAUCUGUGUUGUGCAAAGCAUGUGACUCCUAAACUUCAUGGUGUUAAGGCUCUCAGACCACAGAGAGGAGUAUUUCCUUAGGGACAGCUCUAAAUGAAUAUCCCAGAUGUUUGCAGGGUAGCCAUUAAGGGGAAUCUCUUCAGUAGUGUCCAAAACCUAGAAUUAGUGAAAAAAAAUGGCAUAUUCUUAAAUGUCCUAAUCUGUAUGUCUUUUUCAGUGUGGUAUCUGCAAUCCCUUUAAAUGCACUGUCCCUCUGAUGCCAUGGCUGUGUGAGUAUUACCAGGAGAUCUAUGGCACUGCAGGCCAGAGCAGCAUUUAGCAUGAGAGCAAACACUGUGCAAAUUCUGAUAUGGAAAACAUGACACAUAUUUCUCUUUGUACUUGACAGAAUAAAAUCCCAGCCAGAAUGGCAGAAAACUGAAGCAUCCUCCCCCGUUGCCCAGAAGUGUUUUUUUCAAUGCUCCCACAAGUUUUUCUCCUCUUCCAUGAUGCAGCAAAGCAGCAAAGUCUGUCCCCUGACAGCAGCAGGUUUUCUGGAUGGUGAGGAGGUGUGGAGGACAGUCCUGGUUUGGGAGAAGUACAUUGUGAAUCUUCCACCCAGGUUCUUGGGGCUUUGAAUUCCACAGAGAUGUGAUUCCCUCCCUCACAGUUAAUUUGCUCUGUGAGCAGGUCCUUUGUCAAUACAUCUGUGGACUUAGAAAGUUUAGAAAAGGUUCUUCUCUUAGAGGUGUCCAUGAAAUUUGGUGGUUGUAGGAAAUCACAUCCAGUUUGUGAGCUGCCCAUGGAUUUCCACAUAUGUUGUUCUGCUGUGUUUCCCUGUGGCUCACAGAUUUUGCAACUGUCCUGGUGUGUGAGAGCUGAGGAAUGAGGACAGGAGGGGAAGGUGUGUUUCAGAAAGCACCACACCACCUGUUAAAUACCAGCUUCCAUCUGUAAUUCACAUCUGGUAACUAAUCUCAGCCCCUGUGCCCAUUAGAAAGGGAGCCACACCAUUGCCCUCCCUCAGAGGCAUAAUGUUUGUUAGCUGAUACCAGCCACAAUCCUAUUGAUGAUAUGAGAUCCCAACUCAAUUAAACAGCUUCCAGUUUCCCCAGCAUGAAGUUGUCUUUGGAAUUUUCAUUAUUAACCAUCUCAACCUCCCAAUAAAGGUUUUCAAGGAUAGUUUAAAUAUAGUUUAGCAGUUAAAGAACUAUUGAAAUUAGAUGUAAACUAGAAGUAUCAUUAAGUACAAUUCUCUCUCCAGUUGCACUUAUUGAAGUUAUUUUUUAAUGGAACCAUAGAGAGUAAAAAUCAGGAUUUCAUUUCCCUAUUUUAAUUUGUUUUUAUGGGAAUGUUGUGCAAGUUCUGGCUGCAGAUCACUUGGGGUUACAUUGCCCUUUUGUGUAACACUGGGCAUGUUUGUAAAGUUAUAAAUAAUGAUGAUAAAAAACCCACAUCUCUUUUUCUGAAUUAAAAGUUGGUUUAUUUUAUUGGAUUGUUUUGUAAUAGAGCCAUUUUAUAAGAGAUAGGAAUAAGACUAUCUGCUAAAGGAAACUGUUUUCUUGUUUCUGUACUACUUAUUGAGUAAUUAUGAGAGAAGGCUACCACACUGAGUGCAGCCCAACCUGGAAAUUGUGUGGCAGUGAUUGUGUAAUGUUUAUAUAAAUACCAGUAUAUUCGGUGCUGGAAGCCAGUGGCUAUUACAUGGGGAUUAUUGCAAUGUAUUUAUAAUGUGUUUUUACAGCAUUUAGCAAUGUAGAUCUGUCUUUGAUAAAUGGAUGAUGAUUUAGGACAGAAAAGUACCCUCCAUGGCUAAACACUGACAUGUUUAUACUUUAAAAGUAAGCAGCUUAAAAAGGUUUUAGGGCCAUGCAACAUUUAAAUGAAGCUGAAUACUAAAAAGGGAAGAAACUUUGGGAAUGUAUUUGGUUGUUUCAGCCCAAACAGUGUCUGCUGUGUGCCAUGCAGGGAAUGAGUAGAAGCAGCACUGGGGAGAUUCUAUUACUGGGAUUCAAAAACUCAACAACAAUAAAAGGUCAAUAGGGCUGGGAGUCUGAUUUUAAGGAUCUAUUUGCCCACCAUGUACCAGUUUCAUUUUGUAACAGGAAGAGGUAACACAGCAUCCCUUACUGACAAGAUUAUUGGCAGGGUGAAGUCCCCCAAAAGUGGGAGUUUAACAAAGGGACGAAUUCUCAAAAUUUUAGGUGUGGGACAGGUGUUGGACAGAAGCAGCACUGUCACUUCUGCUUUUUCAGCCCUGCUGACACUUGGUAUUAAAUUCAGGGAAUGAAUAAACCACAUUCCUAGCAAAGUUAGAAGUGUCUGAGGAUAUUUGGGGUAUGCAGCUUGUGGCUGGCCAGGUUUCUUCUGCUGCUACUUGAAGUGGGUGUCUGACUCAGGGUCUUGUGGAGUGGCCAAAAUGUGUCAUGUCACCUCCUCUAAAUCAUUCAUCUGGAGCCUUCUGAGGUGCUGAAUGUCUCCUUCUCCGAUAACUUGCUGCUCACAUUAGGAAUUCCUUGAAAAUUGACUCCCUGGGACAUCUUUACAGGAGACAUCAAGGGUCUCCAUUUAAAUUUAAUGAAUAUUGUGUAAUUUGCCAAGGACUUCUACAAUGCAUUAGGAAAAUCUGCCUCUUUGAGACCAGAGCUCUGCCAAAAUAAUGGCAGCUUAAUUGCAUCCUUUAAAAGCAACUGCUGACUCUCCAGCUAUGAGUAUUUUCCAUUUCCUAAUAAAAUGUUUUCCCAUUAAAGCAGCUUAUUUCAUUAACUUAUAAUUCAUAGCUUAAAUAUGCUUAUAUUUUGCUAAUUGUAGAUUACUUAGUUCUUAUUUUUAAGGAACACUGAAGCACAAAAUACAAAAUGUCAGGGGUUUUUUUAAAAGAAAAGUCUUGCCUUGUGCAUAGCAAUUGCAUUUGGAUAAGCAUUUUAAAUAUGCUAUUUUUAAGGAGUUUUUACAUGCUAUUUUAAACUAAAUAAUUAAACUUCUAUAACAAGAAACAAUUUGAAGUGUUCAUGCAAUUUAUAGUUUUAAUUCCUUUAUAGAUAUGUACUCCAAUAUUUUAUAGUUUUGAUUCAAAAGCUACCACAGUUACAUAUUUUAAAUUGUAAGGAUACAUUGUGAGACAUCAAAUUAUUCUUUUCCAAAGUACACAAAGCCAAUGUAUCUGAUAGACUCUUUUGUGUUUUGUAAAAGUUAAAAGGGAGCUCUGGGAGAAGUAAGGUUUGCCUAAAAAUCUGUACAAGCCUUUGUGUUGAACUGCAGUGCAGCUCGAUUUGGGUACGUAGCUUCAGGCACUCCUUUAUCCAACAGGAUCACAUCAAAUUUGGUUUUUUUUCUUAAUAAAUCAAAGACAAGACAGUAGGAAUCUGUUUGCAGCAGGUGCUGGGUACUACUUGUAAGGACCAAGUUACAAAAUGUGGGUGCUCUGUGAGAUGUGGUCUUGGCUUUUUGGUGUUUGUGAAGUAGAUGCUAUGUGAAUACCAGGCUUGUUUAUGUUUCCAGGAUCAGAUAGAACUUCCUAUUUUCUGAUAUUUUCAGAUUUAAAAACUUUUAUGAUUUUUUUUUUCUUAGUGGUCAGAUUUUAUUUGGCUACAAUGCAUGUAACAUUUCACUUGAUUAAUGUGACUGCUGUUUGAGACCCUCUUGUAAUUGGCCUCCUUAUCCACACACAGAGCACUGUGAAAUAGUGUGAAUUUGAAGUUGAGAGACUGAUGAAAGGAACAUCCAUCAAUAGUGGGGAGGAAUGAAAUAAUCCUAAUUAAAAGCAAAAGAAUUGUGUGAUCUGAAUUAAGAUUCAGUUGGUGGAUACCAAAGAGUAGUUUUUCUGCUGAGUAUUUUUAUUAUAACUGUCCAGUAUAAUUGCUUUGGAAAAAAACCUCAUCUGUUGUGUUUAAUGGUAUCAACUUUAUUAGCUCUUUAUAUAGCAAAUACUCAAUAAGGGCCUUUUGCUUAACCUUUGUUUCACUGGAUAUAAUUUCAGAGGUUUAAGCAGAAUUUUAUUGCUGGAGUUGAUCACCACAGUUAUAUUUGCUGACAGGCUCAUGGUUAUUCUUUUAUCUGUUUCAGGAUUUUCUGUUUAGUUUUAAGCGCUGAACAUUUCACCACAGUCUAUUUAGAGCAUUAUUUCAAACUUGUUCCAGUUCUCUUCAUUCUUAUGCACGCCCAUGUGUUAAACUACUCCAGAAACUGGCUUAGCUCUGACCAUAUUUGGAGGCUGUUCCUCUUCUUUGCUCUUGGGCUGGUUUGGAUGGGGACUUACGUCUAAAGUAACAAAUGAAAUAUGUGACGAGAGCUGACUGCCAAAACCGGGAUCAAAGCAAGUUUCUGAGGAGCUCAUUGGAAAACUAUCCUGAACUUUGGAAGGAUGACUCAAAGCCACAUUCUAAACAGAGCAAACCACAGUGAAAUAAAUGGCAAGGUGAGAACAGAUUUCUUGACUAAGGUAUGUGUCCCCCUAAGAAGAGAAAGUCACUUUAGUCCUAGGGGAAAGGAAGCAAAUUAGCAGAUGGAUUUCAAAUAUCAGUCAGGAUGGGUUGCUCAGGAUGUUCUUUGUCUGCAAGCCCACAAACCUUUGCAAUUCCUGUCUGGGUUUACUACACAGAAGUGUGUUAGCCAGAGAGCAUUCAAAAUGAAAGGUAAUAUUUGCUGAUGGAGUCAUGUGGGACAUCACUGACUUGUUUGAAAAGUUGCCAAGUCUGAGGGCGUGUUCUGUUAAAUGCAUGCAGUGUGUUCCUCAUCUGACUUAGAACUAUGAGAACAUUCAGCUCUGAUUCAUUAGAUUUAGGCAGUUCAUGUGAAUAAAGAAGAGACUUGAAUAAGGAGGAUUUCCCUGGAUCCUUCACAGUAACAUGUAGACUUGCAAAAAACAGCUGCUGUAACUGAGUAGAAGGCUGUGCUUUGUGGUUGGGUGCGUGUUUUAAAAAGCUGGCAUCAGAAAGAAGAGAGAGUUCUGUGAGAAACCUAAGCCUCUCUCACAAUCAUGGCAUCUCUCAAAGUCACAAGACCUUAAGAUGUUUGGAAAAAGCUGGUGAAAACCAUUCAGCAAUGAUGAUCUGUAGCAAUUGGGAGCUGGAAAGAGAAAUGUUAAUUUUAUAGGGAGAGGAGGGCUUUGGGUAGCUGCUGUGUAGAGGAUUGAUCAAAUGCUGAUACAUAAGGUAGCUAUAGAAGGGAACAGCAGCUCUCUCAGAAUAUAAAAGGUGGAGAAUGAGCUUGUUGAGUUUUCCAGGGGCAGGGAUGAGAAGCAAUAACUGCUUCUUUCCAGGAGGCAAUAACUGGCUGGCUGCAGUAAAGCAUCUCUCUUCAGGAGAGCGAUGGAUGCUGUGAACACAAACAGUGACAGGUUUCUCAGAUUUUCCCAGUGCCUGGGAAAAAAUCACACAAAUUAUCUUCCAAAGUAAAUUGUUUCGAGUACAAGCCCUUGGACAACAGCAGAUACAAAAGCAAUAUUAAAUCUUUUCUUUAUUUGAUUCUACCAUUGACUUGUCUUGGAAAGAAAAAUUAUGGAUUUUAGUCUGACUAAAGGCUAAUGGAGUUGUUCACAGACUGACAUGUAAGCAAAGAGUAAUGCAGUUACAAAGGGGAGAUGUCAGGUUAGAACAGUUGUUAUUAUUACAAUUAAAAUCUUUCAGUGCAAUGGUGCUCUUCUGCCAGGAGUGCUUUUUGUGAUAUCCUGGAGCUGUCCUUCCCUCAAUAAAUCCCCAUACAAAGCAGCUGACAUUGGGAGGAGUUACUGGCAUGAUGCUGGCCAGCUGGAAUAACCACUCCCUGCAGUCCCAGGUACAAAGUGAUGCUGUCUCUGAAGUAUUUUAGAAGGCAAUGCUUUCUCAUUAGAGCAAGUUGAGAAUUACAGAGGAAUAAGAUCAUCACAUUCUAAAAUAUGCAGGAUUUAAUAUUUUUCUCAUUGCUAGCUCAGGACUGGUACUUGGACAUCACAGUCUGAAAACCAUUAAGCAAUUUGUAGCCCUUGCAGUUUGCACAGGAGAGGAUCUCAGCAUGACACACUUGGAUUAUUGUUAUCUGUGCAUUAUAGCAGCUUGUGUUAUAGAACACAGAAAGGUUUGGGUUGGAAGGGACCUACAAGAUCAUCUAUUUCCAACCCUCCUCUAGAGCAACCUUGAACACCUCCAGGGAUGGGGCAGCCACAGCUCUGUGCCAGCACCUCACCACCCUCACAGGGAACAAUUCCUUCCUAAUGCCUGAUCUGUCAACUCCUCAACUACUGGAUAUUAAUUAUUGAGGCUACUGGAGCAGUGAACCUCCCUGCUUCCCACAGGUAUGAAAUGUGUUUAUUUUGAUGUGGCCAUGGAGGUUACAAUGCCUGUUGCUUCCUGUGAGAAAAGCUGGCAGCGUAUCUGCUAAAAACCAUGAAGUUAUUUUUAUCAGACCACUACUCAUGAGCAGCAAAACUCAGGAGGCUCAGUUCUGGGCAAACCUUUUUUUUUUUUUUGUCUCCAGACUCUUACUAAGUAUAAAGUUGUAGAAUCCUUAAUAAAUGUAAUUACUUUUUUCAAACUUUGGCAUUAGUACACAAAUUUGGCAUUAUAACAGGUCAAAAACAGCUUAAAAGGCUACUAAAUCCUAAUAUUUAGAGUUAUUCCCACUUUGCCCCUGUUUUAAUAGCUAUAUUAGAUCAUGGGGAGUGGACCCUUAUCCCACCUGGCUUCAAAGCAGCAAUUAGCUUUGCUGACAAAGAGGAAAAUUUAGGGCUAAACAUAAAUCCUGGUCCUUGGGAAUGAAACAUUUUGGCUUGUCUGAUAUUAAAGUUGCACAAAACACAAUGUGUUUGUAGCCCAGGAUUUUUGUGAGUUGGCAAUAGCAUCAGUCUGUUGCUUUCCUGAGUCUUUUUCUUCUUCUGGCACACAGCUAAGGAGGCAAAGAUGUUGAUUUGCCACAGCCUCAGUUGUGAAUUUAAGCUUUUCCUUCAGCUAUUUGAUAACACUUUUAAGUGUUGCUGCACCUGUACCUGUAUUUUGGUUCAAGUAAGUACAGAGCAUGAACUUUGGCAAGUUGUAAAACUUAGCUGAAGAAUAAUAAUAAAUCAAAUAGCAUUCA